CGCCAACGUCUACAUUGGUUUGUCAUUAUAUAUUGAAGGGCAAAGAAUGUUGGUGUUUGGUGUAGACAAAACUAUAUAUGUGUACAAGAGACAAAGCAGAUGGAGUAAUAAAGCAAGUUGCAGUGAUGCAAUCGUCGUCGACCCUACUGUUAAUCAAAGCAUUGUUGUUUGUGGUUGGCUUAGCUCAAGUCCAUGUGUCCCUAGGCCAAACUUCUCCCGUAGAUUUCCUGAAACUCCAGAAUACUGCCCGUGCAAAAGUCGGGGUCGACCCCCUGAGAUGGGAUCCCAAGUUAGAAGAAUACGCUCAGAAUUACGCGAUGCAGGUAUCAAGAAACUGUAAAGUGGUUUAUUCUGAUGGACCCUAUGGGGAGAACAUCUACUGUGCUAAAGGUCUUGCCAACGUAAAUGCUGCAACUGCCGUGAAAGCUUGGGAAGACGAGAAAAAAUACUACGAUUAUGACAGCAAUUCUUGCAUUGGUGGACACGAAUGCAGGCAUUUCGUCCAGCUUGUGUUUUGAUACCGAGCGCGUAGGUUGUGCUCGAUCAACGUGCCCAGACGAAAGUGUUUUUAUAAUCUGUAACUACGAACCUCCGUUCAAUGAUCUUACGAACCCUUACUAGGCUUCGCCAGGCCCAGGGUUGGAUUUGAAUCGACCCUUUAAUUAACUGAAUUGGGUUCUGUGGGAGUGUGGGUUCUGAAUUCAACCAUUUCCUGAUAACACCCAGCAUUCA